CAAAACUCCAAAGAGAAGGGCGCGAGCCGAGCGGCGCUGCAGAAACGGAGCUGGGGCGCGCGCACUAGCGCUUAUAAGGCAGUUACGGGUCGGUAAUCUUGUUAUGGCUUUAUUUUUUUAAAUAGAUUUUUAAAGUUCCAAAGGCACGCGUAGCCAGAUGUGGAGUGCUAAGAGGAUUUUGACGCUGGCCGCGAGCCGUACUGUCCGAGAGGGCGAUAGUAUCGAGAGUUUUUGAGCACUGCUCACUUUUCAGCUCGCGCCGCGCGGUGCCGGUCGUUCUGGGCCAGAAAGGCUUUCAUGCGCGCGACGAAAGAGGAUGCGCUCGAGCUUGGCACAAGCAUGUGCGAAGGCAACUCUUCAGUUGGAAUACUGACCGGGUGCAGAUUUGCCAGUGGAUCUGCUUUUUAAUAGGCGUGUCCAAGUGAAAAGCACAAGAGAUGUCAAAGUGUCUCUUGGCUCUGCUUGUGUUCUGCGUGCACAUGGUCACAUGUGGCGGUGAGCCCAGUGCAGUGGCAGGGCCGCUGGGUUGGAGGGAGAGCGAUAAGGAUGAGAGCUUCUCCCUGCAGGGCUCAGGCCUCCUCAAACCCCUGCGGCUCUUCGCUCGUACAUCCCCAUCCAGCACCCGGAGAAAUAAAGUCCCUCCCCCUCAGCCUGAAGGAGUUCAGGACCUGUGGGCAUGGCUGUCCAACCGCACAGAUAAUGAAGAAAGUCUGGCCAGGACCAAGAGGCGGCCCAUUGUGAAGACUGGCAAGUUUAAGAAGAUGUUCGGCUGGGGCGAUUUCCACUCCACCAUCAAGACAGUCAAGCUCAACCUGCUGAUCACUGGCAAAAUUGUAGAUCAUGGAAACGGAACGUUCAGUGUCUACUUCCGCCACAACUCCACAGGCCUGGGGAACGUGUCCGUCAGCCUGGUGCCACCCUCCAAGGUGGUCGACUUCGAGAUCACCCAGCAGGACACGCUGGACGUUUCCAAGGAUGGCAAAGCCUUCAACUGUAGGGUGGAGUACGAGAAGACAGACCGCAGCAAGAGGACGUCCAUUUGCAGCCACGAUUCCGCCCGGGUGUGUUUCCAGGAGCAGACACAAAGCCAUGUCUCCUGGCUCUGCUCCAAGCCCUUUAAAGUCAUCUGCAUCUACAUUGACUUCUUCAGUGCUGACUACAAGCUGGUUCAGAAGGUCUGCCCGGACUACAAUUACCACAGUGACACACCCUAUACUUCAAUGGGAUAGCGUUCUGAUAAUUAGUACACAUAUUUGAAGAGCUGAGACCCUCGCAGACCACCUUAUAUUGGUUAUCAGUUUUUUUGCAAUCACUGGAAAGCAAACAAGCCAGAGGUCCUUCUGUUUUCAGUACUGAGUUAAAGGGGAAUUCCACUGAUUUUUUAAAUAUUUCUUCAGCAUUCAGUCAUUAAGAUGUAAACAGUAAUUCAAAGUGGUUUGAUAUGAAAUGCAGUAUUGUAAAGUAACUUACAGACUCAGAUA